AUGACGACGUCCAAUUCCCCGGCUCAAUCAGCUGGUGACACUCUCGUUCAUGUAAAAAAUGAUGUCAAUAACAGAAAAACCUCCCCGCAAAAAUCCCAUGCUGCUCUGAACACUACUGAAACACCCUAUCGGCCGAAAACCGAGAGCUCUCGUCUUUCAAAAGAGACUGCCAGCCUUUUAGAAACUGAGUAUGGGGCUAUUGUCCAGUCCGAACUUGUUCCUCCCGGGCAAGGAGGCGAUUUAACAGGUUGUCAUAAUAAGCCGGCCCAAUCCGCAGCCCAAGGAGAUCUUACGGAGCCUACACCUAAUGGCAAAAAUUCUAUCUCACCUGCAAGUGCCAACAGUCACAUUAGGGGGUCAAAUCCAACUCCCACACGGUCGCGGACGAAAGAGGCUAAACCACGACCGAAGUUAAUGUUAAAUUCAAAUAUUACAAAACAUCCGAUGUCUGCAGAUGCAAGGCCCAACCCCGUAACUUCGAAGCAAGUUACCCUCCGGAAAGAUACUUCGUGGAAAAGACCUUCGUUUACGUCUCAGCCCUCAGAAGAGGACCUUUUUUACAUGUUGAUCCGUAGGCUCAAAAAGAGGGACGAGAUGGAAGCAGAAGCAGUGGCCAUUAAAAGGAGGAUGGAAGGCAAAAUGCUUGAACUUACCCGAGCAAACGAUGACUUGUCCUGUAAAUUGCAGGAAUCGGAGAUUAUUUGCAAAAAUCAACAGGAACAGCUUAACGCUAGUAAUUCAAUUAUUGAACGAUGGAAGGUGAAAUUUAAUAGGCUGCGGGCAUUUGUUACCAACGUUGGGAAUGAUUUUGAAGUUCUCCGGAAAGAAGGACAAAUCCUCAGGUCGACGCAAGACUCUUUGCUCCGGGAGAAAGAAGAAAUAAACGAAACCUUGAAACAAAUGAGUGAUAGUACAGACCUACUAAAAACACGCUGGAGCCAGCAAUGCGCAACUAUCACUGGAGCACGGCUGGAAUUUGAUAAUCUAGAGAAGUCUCUACUCACGGCGACUUCUACAAUAACCGAGAAUGAGAAACUUCUUUCUAGGGAGAGGAAUCGGGUGGCAACACUGGAAAACUACGUGAAGAAUUAUUCUGACAACCAUCGCAAGCAGACUGCAGAACUUGACGAAAAGCAAUCCCAAAUGAUAACAAAACUAGAUGUGAUCCACGAGCAACUUGAAGGUUGGAAUUUCUCACAGUCUUCCAUCAAAGGUGAAAUGGAGUCCGGGUUUAGGUCAUGUAUGUCGUUGUUGAAUUCUCUCAGCCAGCAGCAAAGCGUGAAGCCCCAAGAUCUGGAUAAGGUGGAUAGUGCAAUUCGGGAUCUUGCUACUCAACUUAAUUUAUCCAUCGAAGCCUGGAAAAAAAAUAUGGAGACGGCUUUCGAUAUGCACACGAACUACGGACCACAGUUGUCAACUCAGCUGACAGGCAUAGAGUCAGCUGUGAACUCAAACGCAGGAGUGGUAUGUCAACUUGCAGAAGUUCGUGAAUUGUACGGAGGCCUUCAGGAAAAGUUGAAUGCCGCCGAGAGAAGCUUGGCUGAAGUGUCUGCGGAUCGCGACAAAGUUAAAUCACAAGGAGAAUCGCUUCAACGACAUAUUCGGGACCUCGAACUUGAGAUAUCAUCUCUACAAAAGAACGAAAUUGAGGAAACUCAGUUCAAGGAUGCAGGUAUGUUGUCGGAUCUUCGCAUCCAACUUGAGGCAACCUCAGCAGCCCUUACCGAAGUAACAAAGGAGCUCAAAACGAAAGAAAGCGAAAUGCGUGACAUGGAACAAAAGUUGAGGGAGACGAUUGAAAAGUUGGGAACUGCAGAAAUUGAGAUUGUAGACCUUAAAAGCAAAAGCCUCAGGAUUCGCGACGAAGCCCAGAAGACGGAGCAUAAAGUGAGAGAGGAACUAACAAGGGCAAAUUUGGCGGCGAAGGAUCAGCACCAGGCAUGGUUCGAACAGGAGCAACAUAAACUCCAGCGCGAAAAGAUUGUUGCCGAAAAGAAUGCCCUGAAAGCUGCUGAGGAGUUAAACUCCGUGAAAUGUUCACUGCAAUCUACGGAGAAGUACAAUUUCGAUUUAAUUGCAAAGAUGGAUGAACAGCAAUCGGAAAUUGAUCUCUUGAAAAUGACGGUCUCUAAGAGGGACUCGGAUAUCUCCACGGAAAUGAAUGAGAUGAAAAUGCUGCAUACAUCCACUAUUCAAGAGUUACAGGACGCGCAAGGGCAACUUGAUGUUACAGCAAAGGAAAAAGAAGAGCUGAAGCAUAAACUGUCCGAAUUACGCACUAGCCUGGCGAUCCUGCAAGAGCACGAACCCUUGCAGGAGACACUUGAGGCCCUACAGUACGAAAUCGCAGAGAAGGAUAUAAACCUUCUGUCAUUGAAGGAAGAAUUGUCAAAAUCAGAAGCGAACACUAAGAGGAUCUCUCAGUUGCAACAAGAGUUGGUUGGUAAAUCCGCUGAAAUUGCUAUCUUGCACGAGAGGUUAGAUAACCAAUUGGCUUCGAACUGUUCAAUGGAGGAAACAUUGAAGGAGAAGAAUAACGAGCUUUUUAUCCUGAAAAAGAAAAUGGAGGCGUGUGGAGAAUUCUCUGCUGAUACUUCGACGCUAAAUGGUGAUGUCGGACAAAGGAACAAUGAACUCGCAGACCUUCGAUCUCGAGUUCAAUCAGCCGAACCUAUUUUCGAAUAUGCGGAAAGCAUUUUAAAGCAGCUUGGGAUCAUUGGGACUGAGGAGUCACUGAAAAAAUGCUCAAAUGAAUUACAAUCACGGUUGAGGAUGAUGGCAGGGAGCCUUGAAGAACGACAGCCAGAAGAGCUGACAGAAUCACUUCAUAUGCCUAUGAGGACCUCAUCAAAGCGACAAAGAACGGGCAGGAAAUGCACAAUGUCUUCUACUUAUGCCGAACGUACUGGGCCUGGUUCUUCUACUAAAGAGUCCCAAACCACUGACCCGGAGACCCUAUUGCGCAAAAAUCUCCCUGUGAGGCUAUUCGAGGCGGCCCUGCUCCAGCGGCCAGUACUCCUAAUAGACGUUGCGAAGUCUGUGGGCAGGAAGCAUGCGGAGAAGCCGCCGCGCAAAGGGAUUCUCAAAGGUACAACCAAGCCAAACGCAUCUACGGUAGCGAGUGCAGUACAAACUCCACCGCAUGCCACCAACGGGGAGGACCCGAUGGGCGCAAGUCCAAAAAUCAUAUUUAGAUGCCCGCCUCGAAAAUCUAAAUAUUUCAAUCCAACAACCAGCCCAGUCGCCUCGAUCACGGCGAGAAGGGGACGAUGUGGGAGCACGGCCAAAAUGUUGAAUGCACCCGCUGGACGGACAAGAGAAAGGUCUCGCAGGAAACAGCGAGAAGCCCCAUGUAUAAACAAGGGCCAUUAUAAGAAGCGUGGAUGUCCCCAGUUAUACUCAAAAUCGCGCCUCUCUCCUUUUAUGUCUGUUAUUUAUGAAACCAGCAGAGCGGUUGAAGCGACGAGGAGAAACGUCGGUAAUCUCUACUGA